UCAAAUCAAGGAAGUCGAAAAAAACCCAUGUCUUCUCUGACCACUUUCAUCUUCCUUUUCCUUUUCUCAUUCCUCACUACUUUCACAGCUUCUGCUCAAGAACCUAAUGACCUAGCCUAUUGGUGUCCAAAUAGGACAACUUACUCAAGUAACAGCACUUACUUCACCAAUCUUAAAACCCUUUUGUCCUCUCUCUCUUCGCCCAACGCCUCUUACUCCACCGGAUUCCAAAAUGCCACGGUGGGACAAGCCCCCGACAGGGUCACUGGACUUUUCCUUUCCCGCGGAGACCUCUCGCCCGAAGUUUGCCGUAGCUGCGUCACCUUUGCCGUCAACAACACCUUUAAUAGGUGUCCAAAUCAGAGAGAAGCUGUGUUCUACUACGAUGAAUGCAUGCUCAGAUACUCUCACAAGAAUAUUCUAUCGACGACCAACACAAACGAAGGAGAAUAUAUCAUGAGGAACCCUAAUAAUAUUUCUCCUAUUCAAAAUCAAACAAACCAGUUUAUAAUUUUGGUGUUAUCUAAUAUGAACCAAGCCGCCACAGAAGCAGCCAACAAUUCUAGAAAAUUCUCUACGAUAAAGACCGAAUUGACCGCACUCCAGACUUUGUACGGGCUUGUUCAAUGCACUCCUGAUCUUUCAAGAGAAAGCUGCAUGAGCUGUCUAACAAGUUCCAUCAAUAGAAUGUCAUUUUAUAGAAUUGGGGCAAGACAGCUUUCGCCAAGUUGUAAUUCAAGGUACGAGCUUUACUCGUUCUACAACGAAACCGCCAUUGGUACACCACCACCACCACCACCACUACCACCACCGCCGAUGCAGUUUCCAGGGUCUUCGCCUCCAUUGGCAUCUCCUUCACUACCUGGGAAAAGUGGGAAUUCAAAUGUGUUAGUGGUAGCCAUUGUUGUGCCUAUCAUAUUGGCUGUUCUGCUUCUCAUAGCUGGUUAUUGUUUUUUUGCAAAGAGGGCAAAGAAGACUUAUGGCACAACACCUGCUUUAGAUGAAAGUUGCCGGAAGAGUGAAGUGGUUCGAUGCAUCCAUAUCGGUCUUUUAUGUGUUCAAGAAAGUCCAGUAGAGCGUCCUGCCUUGUCAACCAUUUCCGUGAUGCUCACUAGUAAUACAAUGACUUUACCAACGCCUCAGCAACCAGGGUUUUUUGGAAGGAGUAUACCUGGAACAAACCCGCUUGAUUCAGAUCAAUCAAUGAACAGCAAGUCUGUUCCAGUAUCUAUUGACGAUUCAUCAAUGUCUGAUUUAUAUCCUCGUUGAAUAUGGUGUUAUUAAACCUUACGAUUAAAA